AUGGAGCAAUCCUUCCACGAGAUCACAUCCCCUCUCCUAUCGAAUAACGAGGAAGGUGAAGGUGGGAGCACCAGGAAUAGGAAUGGCGAGGGUGAAACUGAGAAAGAAGAAGAAGAAGAAGAAGAGAAUUCGCCGAUAAAACAAGUUGCUCUGACGGUGGCAACGAGCGACGAUCCUUCUCUUCCGGUUCUGACGUUUCGAAUGUGGGUGUUGGGAAGCCUCUCCUGCGUUCUGCUGUCCUUUCUGAACCAAUUCUUCUGGUACCGCACGGAGCCCCUUGCUAUCACGGCCAUCUCAGCGCAGAUCGCGGUGGUGCCGCUGGGGCAGCUGAUGGCAGCGACGGUGACGAAACGCGUGUUCCUGAAAGGGACGCGGUGGGAGUUUAGCUUGAACCCAGGUCCGUUCAACGUGAAGGAGCACGUUCUGAUAACGAUCUUUGCCAACUCCGGCGCCGGUACGGUGUACGCCAUUCACAUUGUGACAGCUGUCAAAAUCUUUUACCAUCAACACAUGUCCUUUUUUCUUUCCUUCCUUGUAGUCAUCACCACACAGGUAUUGGGUUUCGGAUGGGCUGGCAUAUUUAGAAGAUACUUGGUUGAACCAGCAGCAAUGUGGUGGCCAGCAAAUUUAGUUCAAGUUUCCCUCUUCAGGUAA